GUAGUCAGAAAAGGAAGCAAACAGAUAAAAGUAGUGGCGAGAGCGGGAGUGAUAGCGGCGGGGAAGAAAAGUCAAAACAAAAUGUCAGUUCUUGCGGCUCUAGCGCCCCAGUCGUUUUGGAUACACCGAGUCAAUCUUCACUACCGUCAGGAUCCGGCAAAACAUUUGAUGAAUCCUAUUAUGAAAAUGACCUUGGUAACUGGGUUGGACGUUCAUUUAGUAUGACUUCAGUUCAAAGAAGAGAAGUUUUGAAAAACUGCUGGUCUCCACCUGCCAGUUAUGACUUUUCCAAGGAUGCUGUUCAGUUGAAGAGGAAAUUUAAAUUCUGCUGA